GUUCAACAGCACGUCGCGUGUGUGUGUAGCAUAGUGCUUUGCUUAGAGUUUACCUGGGAGGUUUAUGACAGUAGAGAGCUACUGUUUGUUACCUUUAGAGUGCUGAAAAGGGGUUGAAUUUUAACAGUUUAUCAUCAACAUUUAUGGUGAAUGUUAAAGAAGUAUUUGCACUCUUUGUUUCUUGCAUAACGUUUCCAGUAAGCAGUCCAACAAGCUUGCGCUGAUAGAUGAUGGAGAAUACACUGAUGUGGACAAGGGCUUUGUAAGUUGCACAUUUCAGUUGAAAACGUGAAGAAGACUGUCGAGAAACUGUCAGCAUGGGGUCGGAGAAGAAACCGCAACCAAUUGUAGGUGACAUAGUCAUCAACCCUGAGUCUGGGGAACAGUACAAAAGAGGUCGUCUUCUUGGGAAGGGUGGUUUUGCAAGAUGUUACGAGCUUCGAGAGAUGAGCACAGGUAAACUGUAUGCUGGCAAGAUAGUUUCAAAGGCGAGGAUUGCGAAGCCGAACCAGUGGGAAAAGAUGCAGCGUGAAAUUCAUAUCCACUCUCAACUUGACCAUCGGAAUGUUGUCGGUUUCCACAAACAUUUUGAAGACGAUGAGAACGUCUACGUCAUUCUUGAACUAUGCAAUAAAAAGUCUCUGCUGCACAUGCUCAAACUACGUAAAACUUUAACGGAAUCUGAAGUUCGCUACUUCAUGAAACAAGUGAUAGAGGGCUUGCGGUAUAUGCACAGUUGCAGCGUCAUUCAUCGUGACCUCAAACUUGGCAAUAUGUUCCUGACGGACAGCAUGGAAGUCAAGAUAGGAGACUUUGGUCUGGCGGCAAAAUUAGAGUUUAAUGGUGACAGAAAGCGAACUAUGUGUGGAACACCAAACUAUAUAGCCCCUGAGGUACUGGGAAAGAUAGGCCACAGCUUUGAGGCAGAUGUCUGGGCGUUAGGCUGUGUAUUAUACACCAUGCUUGUAGGGCGACCACCAUUUGAGACCACCAGUCUAAAAGAAACUUACACAAGGAUAAAACAUAAUAAAUACUCUUUUCCGGAUACACUUUCAUACGACUCUAAGGAUAUCAUCUCCUUGUUACUGACCUCUGAACCAGAGGACCGACCCUCCUUAGAAGAAGUACUCCUGCACGACUUCUUUGUGAGCGGGUAUAUCCCUGAAGUGCUUUCACCGACAGUCUUCUCGACUGCGCCUCAUUUCCCAACCACCAAAGUAUUGAUGAGUGACAGUUCUGGGGAGAUUGUGCGUAACGAGUUCUGCCGGUUACGACGAGAGAGUACUAUGAAGCACGACAACAUGGAAGCUGCCAUGAGUGAGAUAAAGGCAGCAAGGGAAAAAAGCACCCACUUGAUGCCAGGCAAUAGCUCUACUCCCAGGUUGCGUCCUAAACUCCAUGUCACCAUUCCUGGAAGCAGACCUGUUGACCUAGAAGCUGUCAGGGAGAAAUCUGGUGGUUCACCAGUUAAACCUGCAAAUUACUCUGUUUCCAUUGUUGCAGUCAGUGAGAUGCUACGCACCUGUCUACGCCAUAUGCCAAAAGAGGAGUAUUUGCACACACCUAGGUAUAAAGCUAUUGGGGAUGAGGUGUUGUGGGUACCAAAGUGGGUCGACUACUCCAACAAGUACGGGUUCGGUCACCAACUUUCAGAUAAGAGUGUUGGAGUUAUAUUCAACGAUAAGUCAAGAAUAUGUUUUCAUCCUGAUAGGAUUUCAGUGCAAUAUUUAUCAAAUGACCACAGAGUACAUACCUUCCGAAUGUCUUCGAUUCCACCACGACUCUCAAAGAAAGUUACCCUACUAGAUUACUUCUCAACGUACAUGGACGAACACCUCAUCAAGGGUCCAGAAACAGGCAUUACAGUAGUGACUCCACAGGAUGCAAAGGGAGGAGAUAUAGCAUGGGACGCCAUGUCACCGAUUCCCAAAAGAAAAGCAACAUCUCCUAACCCAGCUCCAACAGUACAACCCUAUUUGGUAAAAUGGUACAGGACUGAUAAAGCAAUAGCAAUGUAUCUUAGUAAUGGAACAUUCCAGCUCAAUUUUUUUGAAGACCACACUAAAAUAAUUCUGAGUUAUAACAACAGUGAUCAUCUCUUAACAUAUAUUAAUGAAGACCGUAUAUCAAGCACGUACCGUCUGCUACACAUCGCUCAUCAUGGAUGCACAGCGGACAUCUAUUCUCGGCUUGUCUAUACACGAGAGGUUCUCGAUAAAUUAGUAGCAACAGAAGAGGAAGAGUAGCGUGGAUUUGCAUUCAUAUCCAGAAUUUUUUGUAAGAUAAGAAGGAAUAAAGAAAGUUUUUGGGAAUCCGUGCAAAAACUUAUUUCACAAUAGAGUAGUGUACUGCCCUCAUGCCUUUCUUUGCGGUUAAUUUGCAGAAGAAAAAGGAAGAAGGAAAUGUACUAUUAAAUUAGAGGAAGAAAAACAGUGGUAAUAUUUAGCAAAGAACAAUUCUUUAUGAUGUACACUAACAGCAAUUCAUUGUUGAUGCAAAGUUCUUUAAAAGUGCUGAGUUCUGGGACUGAAAAUGGAUUGCAAAAUUAAACAGUAUUACAAUUAUCGGAUUCGCUGCAAGAAAUUUGAUAUCCAGUAUGUAGUACUUAGAACAAUAAUACUCUUGAGGUUUCCUGAUAAUAAUGCAGGCAGGUUUAACAUUUCUGAUAAAACCCUAUUCAAACUACACUUUUAUUGCAGUGUGAUUGUCAGGAGAACAGUUUGCCAAUCGUGCUGGUUGGGUGCAUUCAGACACAAUUGCUAAAUGGCUACAGCAUAAAUCAUCAUUAUAGGAGAAGCGGCAGCAGGCAAGUCAGCUAGGUUUAAAGUAAACACAGUCUUUCAUAUGUUUACGAUGGUACUUGACGAACAAAAUUUAAAAGUAGAAUGAUUCAUGUUUUGAAGUAUUUAUGGCUAAUAAAAUAUGUUACUGUAUUGAAAAAGCAAAACAACCAUGGAAACAGACUAAGAAACUUGCAUGAAACAUUGGUUUUGUGGUAAAUUGUGUCGUGCUAUGAUGUCAUACAAUAUUGCAGUUCAUUGCACCAAGUAAUGCCGGACACUCAUUGCGGCCAACUGGCAUUGGCCGACGCUAUUCCAUGGAGGACACAACGCGCAUGACGAUAAGUUGAGACUGCCACUGACAAUCAGUAGGCGCUUUUGCAUCGUCUAACAUUCACAGGGAGUUUGGCGUCGUCGUACAAUGGUCAAUCGACACAGUGAGAGCCCGGCAUAACAGUGCAUAAUCAAUGCCAAUAACAAGAAAAUAUUGGUGUGCACUUAAUUGGCAUCAACUAAUUGCAACAAAAUUGUAGUUUGAAUAGGAAACAAGUCUUUGUAGUUGACAGGGUGUAUCAUAGAGUACAUUGUGAAUGAGGCAGAUGUAAAUGAUGCUAUCCACGAUAUCAUAGCCUAACAAUUGUGGAGAAUGCAGGAUGUUGCUUUUUUAGCAUCAAUGAACUUCCACUCAAAGUACAUCAACCUGUAAAAUACAGUUUUUUUCUAUGAUUAUAACUGAAAUAUUAAUUAUUUUUUUCAGGUAUUGUUUUUAAAUUUUAUUUUUUACUUGUGUGUUAAUGGUGUUACGAAUCCCACCUCAUGAAUAAUGCAUAAUAUAUAAACUUGUUUGAAAGACAAAUGUUUUGUAAAUCUCUGUCCAGACUAUCAAAUCUUCUUUGACAAAAAUUGUUGUAUACCCAUAUAUAGUCAUGAUGUGCCCAUAUAUGGUCAUGAUGUGCCUAUAUAUGGUCAUUAUGUGAUGUCAUAAACUUAGGCAUGUCACAUGUUUUUGUCAAAUGAAUUUUGAUGGUGUAAACAGGGCUUUAGCCUGUAAAGCCAGUAUAGCAACCGUUAUGUAUCUUACUUUAUGCUUCCUACCUCAAGAUAUGAAUAUUUAUGCGCCGUUAUGGCUAAAGAAAAUUAUAAAGACUGCUAUAUUAAUUUGUGUGUGUUGUGCUAAGAAAAAUACAAACUGCCUACAACAGGAAUUAGAGAUUUAAUUUAUCAGUAUUAUUAGAAACAAAUUUGAUUAAUGUUAGGAGUAGAAAUUAGUUAUCAAAUGAAAGUUGUGUAUGUUAUUGUUGCAUUGAUGGAGAAUUAUAUUAAGAGAAAAAUUUCACUUAUAUUUAUUAGGAAAUAAGGUAAGAAAUUGAAAAUUCUUACAGGUAAUUUCAUUGUGUUUCAUUUUGGUAAAGCAGGUAAUACCAGUAUUUUCUUAACAUAAAAUUGUGGAAAAGCCCCGUUAUGUUUUAUGUGUUCCUAUUUCCAACAGAUCGUCUCCAUUAUUGUCCACAUUGCUUGUACAGGGUCCCAAGUCUCCCCGAAGUCGUGGGAGUCUCUUUGAAUUCGGGACAGUCUCCCACAACCAGACAAUAAUCUCCGGGAAAGUAACCGAACUGCAUGGUUUUACUACCGUAAUAAUAAUAAUAAUAAUAAUAUUAAUAUGGGUAGACUUAUAGAGUGCAUUAUGAUAAGCCCUAUAUGCGCUUCAUAUUAUCAUUACCCCGGUCGUUGGUUAAUACCCAUUUGUUAUCAAUUGUCUCAUGGAAGGCAGUGUUGGUAUCGCCAUAAGCAGCAAAACAAAAUCUGAUGAAAGCUUGUUUAAAUAGAUCUCCUGGAAAAGACUUUUUCUAACUUUACAACCCCUGCUUGAUUCAGAAUUAUGUAUUGACCAAUUAAGAUUCUGAUUAAUAAAAAGAAAUAUGGCUUUUUUUUAAUAACUUAGAUGAGGUUGAUUUUCACUUAAGCCAUAUCUAUGACUUUAAAACUAUAGUGAAACCCAAGGGAUUGGUGGUUAAUGGGGGAACUUGUAAUGGUAGUCAGCAAUCCUCAUAAAGUAUUGUCUCCACCCAAUGAAAUUGUAGCAAACACAGCCUAGCAGAUUUAUUACCAUUGGUAGUGUAUUUAUCUAUAAAUGAGUCCACAAUCAGAAGAUUUACGGCAUACAGUAUGAAAUUGUAUACUUGCUUUUAAAUUCAAUGUUAUAAAAUAACAAAAUGUCAAGGAGGCAUUCGAAUUUCAAUGAUAUAAAAUAACAGAACCACUUAACAGUAACAAUGUAAUUGAAACCUUAUGCUGUACAAUAAAAUGAGUGUUUCCAAUUUGUAUAGCUAAAAAAUAUACUGUGUAUGUUUGGAUAAUAAGCUUGAACAGUAAAUUAAACAUCUCAAUUGUUUAAUUUGUAUAUUUAAGGCAAUUAUUAUCUUCCAAUUGAAAAUUGGAAUCAGAAAAUCAUUCAUCAUGGUUAUAAUAAUAAACAUAAAAUUCAUGUA